AUGGCAGACAGGGGUCUGGGCGGACGGUGGUGUGACAGACUUCAGGAUGUUCCUGGGUCCUGGCUGCGCUCGGGGGCCCGUGCAGGGGUCGGCAGGGGCUCCGCUCCCCCACCGGGUGCUCCUCAAAGGCAGGACUGGGCAGCCUGGCAGGUCUCGGCCGCCUCGGGCCACGCUUCCUCCUGGGGUGUUCCUGCCCCGCCGGCCCUCACGGGUCAGGUGACUCUGCUCUCAGCCCUGGCAGCUCGUCUCCCCUGUCCGGUUGCCCAGGGCCAACCUGGGGAGGGGACGGGGCGGCCCUCAGGCAGGAGCCCCAGCCACAGGGGCUGCGGAGAGGCUGGAGCUGGCUUGGCCCUGGGGGGCCAGGUCCCCCGUGCCUGGAGCUGUCCUAGAGCUCCCGGGGGCCAGGCCCCUUAUAGGCACUGUGGGUGGGGGCUGAGCCCAGCCGGGGGCGGGGCUGCCACAGCCCAGGACCCCUCCCCGAUGGACAAGCUCAGCCUCCCAGCCCUGACCAUCUGA